CAGUCCUCAAUAACUCUGACCCCCCUUAGCCACGGAGCACCAACAUGAAACUCUCCACCCUCCUCGCCCUUCCCGCCGCCCUCACCACCACCCUCCUGACCCAUGCCCUCUCGACCCCCUCCACCCCACCAGAAUCCUACACCGAAAACCUCCACCUCCUCCCCCUCCCCUCCGGCUACCUCUACGCCGGCUUCAACUUCACCGCCUCCACUGCCCUCUCCGCCUACACCUCGCAACACUUCCGCUAUUUCCCUCGUUCACUCGGACAGAUACUGCAGUACUCGCGGACGGAAGAGCUACACCUGCGUUUCGCAUGGGGACGGUGGGAUGAGGGGAGUUGGGGCAGCAGACCGAGGGGUGGGAGGAGGGAGGGGGGAACGGGGGUGGAGAUAUGGGCUUGGUUGGAUGCUGGUGGUGACGGAGGUGGAGGGCAGGAUGGAGACGGUGGGGGUGGGGGGUUGGAGGAGAGGUGGAGCGCGCUGGUCAACAGUCUGUCGGGAUUGUUCUGCGCGAGUUUGAACUUCGUUGACGGGACGAAGACUACGCGCCCGGUCUUGACGUUUGAAGCUGAGGGGAGUCUGGGUGCUGGAAGGGGAGGGAGGAACGGGAGUUUGCAGCUUCUGCAUGGCAUGCUACCGAACGAAGUCGUAUGUACGGAGAACCUUACGCCGUUCCUGAAGCUCCUACCGUGUAAAGGCAAGGCGGGGAUAAGCAGUCUGUUGGACGGGCAUAAAGUGUUUGACGCGAAUUGGCAGAGCAUGAGCAUUGACGUGCGAACUGUCUGCGACAGCAAGCACGAAGGCGAGGGUGAGGCGGGUGACUGCAGAAUCGAGAUCGAACAGACAGUAGAUAUGGUCAUGGAUAUCGAGCGCAGCAUGCGACCGCGCGAUGAUCCGAUUCCGCGGCCGAGACCGAUCGAGGAGAUUGUCUGCGAUGAGUCGAAGCAUUAUCAUGGGCAUGAUACUUGCUACCCCCAGCGACGGGAAGGGGAGAUGGCGUGGAGUUUGAGUAAGAUUUUUGGCUCGCCGGUGAGGGGGGGUUGUCAUCUUGCCGCCGACGACGGCGGCGAGGAGCAGGCGUACGAUAUCAGUUUGGAAGUCCCGUCAGAUCGGACUGUUGACCUAUCGAUUGGUGGACGGCAAGUCGCUUCCCCAAACGCAAACGUGCGACGAUUCGAGCUACCCGAACAAGGCACCUUCGAUCUCAGCCUACCACAAGAGAGCAUCUCCGCGCAAUCCCCUCUCACGCCUCCACCUCUCUUCGCCAGCCGCCAACUAACCGGCCACGGCCAAGAGCGCGGCGGCAUGCACACCAUCCUGCGCAACCCCCAUCCCUACCCUCAGCGAAUCGUCUACCUCGAAAGCCUGCCAUGGUUUCUGCGACCGUACAUGCACACCUUACAGAUCGCAGGUGGCGGAGCAAGCAUAGAAAAGAUGUACUACACCCCCGCCCUCGACCGCAAACGCGGCACGCAUCUGGAGUUACUACUUACUCUGCCUGCGGACUCGACGGUGGAGUUGAGGUAUGAUGUCGAGAAGGCGAGUCUGAGAUAUACGGAGUACCCGCCCGACGCGAAUAGGGGGUUUGAUGUUGCGCCCGCUGUUAUCCGCAUCCUAUCCUCAUCUCCGAGCGAGCAGCAGCGGCAGCAGCAGCAGCAGCAGCAGGAGAUGGAGGGGCAAGACUCAUCUUAUUACCUCCGCACGACAAGUCUGUUACUCCCGCUUCCCACGCCCGAUUUCAGCAUGCCGUACAACGUCAUUAUUUUGACGUCUACGGUCAUCGCGCUGGGGUUCGGGAGUAUCUUCAACUUUCUGGUCAGGAGGUUUGCGCUGCCGGAGGAGGUGCCGCCUGCGCCCGUUGUGGUGCUGGCGAGGCGGGUCGGGGAGAGGAUUAGGGGCAUCAUCGGUGCGGUUAGAAGGGGUGGUGGGGUCGGAAGGGAUGGGGAUGGCAGUCGGAGUAGUGGCAAGGAGGGUGAGGUGUUGAUGGACGGUAAGGGCAAAGGUUUGAAUGGAGGUCAUUUGGCCAACGGCGAUACCCGGGUGUGGGAGGGGAAGAAAGAUAGAUGAAAACAAACGAACAUGCGCAAGCGCGCUGUUCUUAAUCUCCCUCC